AUCUUUUCUCUUAUUUCUGCAAUCUGUUGUUGGAAAGAGAUGAUCUCUUUCUGUUUUUCUCUUCUCUUUUCUCUCUCUCUCUCUCUCUCUCUCUCUCUCUACACUUCGGGCUACGUUAAUACUAGAGUUGUCAAAUGAAUACUAGAUGCACGAGAAUGCUUCAUCAGAAAUGUACGCAAGGUUUAUAUCCGUCCAGUAAUAUAAAGAGAUUUACGGUGCCGGAGGAAAAAAUUCCAUGGACAGUUGAGUAUCCCGAGUAUAAACCGGUAGCGUAUACCGCUGCCGCUCUUCAGGGUAAACCUUGGGCAGAUCCGGACAUCAACGAACCCACUUUUAAACCAAGAUGGAAUGCGAUAGAUGAUAAGGUGAAUCGAAAGAGUUUUACGGGUAAUUACAUUGUGAACGCGGAUGGUCAUCCUUUAAAUCCUGUGGGACGAACCGGUAUCGUAGGACGAGGGCUUCUAGGCCGAUGGGGACCGAAUCACGCAGCUGAUCCGAUCGUUACGCGAUGGAAACGCGAUAGUGCGAAAACUGUGGAAGUAAACGAACACACAGGGAAACCCAUAUUACAGUUCGUUGCUAUACAAAGGCGAGAUUCUGGAGAAUGGGCUAUACCGGGAGGUAUGAUUGAUCCCGAUGAAACGGUCUCCAUUACCUUAAUGAGAGAAUUCAUGGAAGAAGCUUUAAACUUUUUGGAAAAGAAUGAUGGUGAAAGAAAGAUGCUUCAAGAUUCUAUAACGGAAUUCUUUGCGAAAGGCGACGAGAUUUACAAAGGAUAUGUGGACGAUCCGCGAAAUACAGAUAACGCUUGGAUGGAGACGGUAGCUAUAAAUUUUCACGACGAGGACAGUAGUGUUGUCGGGAAACUCGCGUUAAAGGCCGGAGAUGACGCGCGUAAUGUAAGGUGGAUGGACGUAAAUCGCCAAAUAAAUUUAUACGCCAAUCAUAGCGAAUUUAUAAAAAAAACCGUACUGCAACGUAACGCGCAUUGGUAAAUAGAUAAUUUACAAUUACAAUUACUAGCGCUCUAAGGAAAGGAGAUAUCAUUGUUAAAAAAAUGAAGUUAAAAAAAUUUAUUUUUGUAUACUAGAUCUAUAUGUAUCAAUUCACAUAUGUACUUUGCACAAACACGAAUUAUUAAACGUCAUUACUGUCGUUUGUGUUAAACUAUAUUAUAAAACCUUAAGUCUAAAAAUGUACAUUUUAUUCAAUAAAAUGAAAUUUUUCAAUGUAA